GGGGCUGGGCUGUACCAUGGACUCAGCCCAGUGGAUCACUAGACUUACAAGCCUUAGUCAGAAGGUGUCCUGUCCUCUCUCUGACAAUACCCCGUUUGGAACGCAGCCUUCAGAGAGUGGAGAGACCUGCCGGACGGUUUCCCUGCACCUGAAGAGCUCGUUCUCGGGUCAGGACCCCCCAGAACAGCAUGCUGCUCCACGUGUAACAGGCAGCUUACAAUCUCAGCACAUGACAAGGAAACAGGCAAAGAGAAGCAGCCAACUGGAGAAGUCGAAGAAGACAAGCAGGUUGACCUGUGAUCUUUGAUUAGAGCCCAGUUUCCACUGUCCCUGAGCGCUACAAUGAGGUUGACCGGGCUGAUCCGGAUCGCGGCCGUGCUGUUCUCUCUGGGCACCGCCUGGCUCUUUGUACAGACGUACUUGAACACCGGCUGGAAGGCCGUCAGUCUGCGGAGCUGGCUGGGUUCUGACUCCAACCUGCCCAAGACCCAGCCCCUGCGAAACAAGUGUGGUAAUAAACGAAGUUGUCCUGAAAGCACUUUUGCAUUUAAAGUCUCGAGUGGAGCAGCCAAUGUUGUUGGGCCUUUUAUGUGCUUUGAAAAUACGAUUAUCAUGAGUGGUGUGAAGAAUAAUGUUGGCAGAGGGUUAAACAUCGCGCUAGUAAACGGAACAAAUGGCCAGAUCAUGAAAACAGACGUCUUCGACAUGUAUUCUGGAGACACCAAGCUGUUACUGGACUUCCUGAAAGCAAUCCAAAGUGGCACUAUAGUGAUAGUCGCCUCCUAUGAUGACCCAGCGACAAAGCUGAACGAUGAAGCCCGGACGUUAUUCACCGACCUGGGAAGCAGCCAUGCGAGCAAUCUGGCCUUCCGAGACAACUGGAUUUUCAUAGGCGCAAAAGGGCUCAAGGAUAAAAGCCCCUAUGAACAGCACUUAAAAAAUGAAGCGGCAAAAAACAAAUAUGAUGGCUGGCCUGAAGUUCUGGAAAUGGAGGGCUGCGUCCCAAAGAAGAUGGAUUAGCAGAAGUCAGAACAACGCCCUUAUUUAACAAUGUAUUCCUGUUUGGCUGGAAGAAGCCAUUUCCAGCUGAAUCCGGCAUAUGAACUGAUCCCGGCUCCAUGACAGCACAAAGCAACUGGCUGUUUUCAAUUCACCAGCCAACUUAUAACGGUGCCUGAACACUGCUUUAAGAACCUGUAGGCUAUGGUAUACGACACGGGCUAUGAAGUCAUAGCAAAUGUCUAAUCUUUCAGUAUGAUGUUCUAUUAUAUUAAUAAGGCACAUGUUGAGGUGAAGGCAGUAAUGUCAAUAUCAGGCAUUUAAUUUUCCUGUCUGUCUCAAAACAAUAAGUGCACAACACCACCAGGGAAGAAAUUGCUUCAGCUUCUGCUUCUUGAGUUGUUAAAAGUGAUUUUAACAGUUUAAAUCCUCCCACGUUGUUUCCAAGAAAAGAGAUCAGAGACCAGGGGGCUUUUCAGCCUUGCUGACAAAGGCAGAACAAAAUCUAGUGGCUGGAAGUCGAAGUUAGAUCAAUUCAACCUUGAAAUAAGAUGCCAUUUCAUAGCAAGGAGGGGGAUUAAACAUUGAAACAAUUUGCUGGGGAGGCGGUGCGCUCGCUGUCACUUGGAGUCUUUGAGACAAGUUUUGAUAUCUUUUUUAAGUAUACACUUUAACCCAGCUUCUAGGAGAAAUUCUAAAGCCUUUGUGGGUGGGGAGCUGGAUGUCAUGGUGACCUUGGAAUGUGGGAAUCCUAUGACUCCCCCUGUUCGUUCCCUUCCUUCAUGGGCCACAGGGAGGCCAGGAAGCUCUGCACUGCCCUCAACGUGCUCGUAACACUUGCAGUUCUGCAUUAUGAGAAUAACUGUAAUCAAAUCUCAUGCUUCAGGGCUACAGCCAGUCACCUGCAGCGGUCAGGAAGGGAUCUUUGUGCCCAGUGAACAGUUGUUAUAUGUGCUGUAAUAUACCGUAUAUACGGCUUACUGUAUUUUUCACUCCAUGCAUCCGAUGAAAUGGGUUAUAGCCCACAAAAGCUUAUGCCCAAAUACAUUUGUUAGUCUCUAAGGUGCCACAGGGAUUCCUCGUUGUUUAUGUUCAAAUAGUUUUCUCAGGGCAUGACGAUGCCUUCCAGUCCUGUCACUCAGAUCCCAGUCAGUGCGCGCGCUUGCACACCAGUGGGUGUUUCUGCAGAGAAGGUGAAGGAGCCAUCAUCCAGACAGCAGAAUUCCCAGGGAAGUCAAGGGGCCAGUGAUGACGUCAAUGGCCCGUUGAUUCCAAUGGGACAGUUAGCACUAUGUGCAAAGUUACCUUCAUGUGCACGUCUUUGCAAGACCCAGGGCCUCAGACUGAAAGGUCUUUGUGGCAGGCAGGGGUCACCUUUUCCUCUGUGGACAGCAUCCAGCACAGCGCGGGCCCGGAAUUGGUGUCUCACAGGGAACAUCGGCCUUGGGACAAAGGACCCCAGGGUUCACUGGAGCGCCUCUCCCCCCUCCCCCUGCCCCACAGGAAGGCUGGGGAAGUUGCUGUGUGUGACGGUUUUUGCUGGUGUGCUCUGGGUUUGAUUCCCGCCUGCCGGAGAGGCUUUAGUGUGUGUCACUGGGGUUGUACCUGCUCUGGUGUCCCAGCAGCUCGCAGGGCUAGAGAGUGGGGAGCCCAGAGAGCCCAGAAUGAUUGACACGGAGGGGGUUGCUCGUCUACGUCACACACGCCGGGAUGCAGGUUUCUUGCUUUCAGACAUUUAUCAGAAAUAAAUUGUCUAUUUUAUACGGGGGCUCUGGUUCUGGGAAUAUCAAAGAGCUGAACG